GGCUGUCAGUCGUGCAUGUACUGUGUACUGCUUUCCAUCAAUUGAAAAUCUGAGUAUGUUUUCGAGCUGCGAGCUGCGCUGAGAGACUACGAUCGCGCAAUUCGUAGGGUAAAUGAAAUUAAUUUAAAAAGUUCUUCGGUCAGUUCGGAAUUUGUUUCCAGAACGAAGGGAGGGCGCUUUCCGUGGUCCCAGAUACGCGAGUAAUGACAUCGAUUCAAAACAACGACGAACUCUAGGAAUAUUAAGAUGGAAACUACCAGCAGCUUAAAGGGCAGUACAACCUCCCAAAUCAGCUCCCUUCAAUAUAGCAGCGACAUAAACGGCUAUAGCCUCGAACCCGAUCAAUCGGAGGACUUCCAAACAGUCCUCGGCCUCAAGUAUUUGCCAUCUUGGCCAGCUGUGAAUUUGCAGUUUUCGGAACUAUGUUAUGAGGUUCCCGACCAGACCAAUGCUUCAAAAGCAAAGACUAUUUUGCGGAGAGUCAAUGGAAUGUUUCACUCUCACGAACUUACUGCGAUUAUAGGGCCUUCAGGGGCUGGUAAAACCACACUGCUAAACCUUUUGGCGGGCUUUGGGGCCGAGUGCGCCUCCGGUGAGAUUUUGGUCAACAACAGUCCGCGAGAUAUGCGAGUCUUUCGCAAAAUGUCUCGAUAUAUAAUGCAGACCGAUGUCCUGGACUCCCAGUUUACAGUACUGGAAAUGAUGCUUUUAGCGGCAAACUUGAAGUUGGGAAGAGAACUAAAUUUAAAACAAAAGCUCGAAGUGAUUGACGAAAUUUUGGGAAUGUUGCGCCUAAAAGAGUCCCUGAAUACCAUGGCUCAAAAGCUUUCUGGGGGUGAGCGAAAGCGUUUAUGCAUUGCCCUUGAGCUGGUCAACAACCCGCCUGUCAUCUUUCUAGAUGAACCCACAACCGGUCUUGACGAUUUGUCGAGCUCGCAAUGCAUUGCCCUACUUAAAAUUUUGGCCGCGGGGGGACGCACUGUGAUCUGCUCCAUCCACACGCCAUCUGCCAAGAUCUUCGAGAUGCUCGAUGCAGUGUACGUCCUAGCCGAGGGCCAGUGCGUCUACCAAGGAAAGGGGUCCAACAUUGUGCCUUACAUGAAGAACUUUGGCCUUUGUUGUCCAAUUACCUACAACCCGGCUGACUUUAUUAUCGAAGUUGCUUGCCUGGAGUAUGGCGGGUCCUAUCACGAGCCAAUGGUAGAAGCCGUUGACAACGGUAAAGUUGCGCGGUGGACUCCUUUACCAGAGGAAGGUAAAAUAACACCCACCAAAACCGACACCACAUCGGGGGCAUCGUCGCUCUACGAAAGGGAGCAGUUUGAGGAGGAGAUUAGCCCAAAACUUUUGCAGGCCAAGUGUAGCUGGUGGCUGCAGUACAAACUCUUGCUUAUGCGAAUGCUAAUCCAUAUGUGGAGGGAUAAGUCAUACAUCAAGCUAAAGUUCUACAUGAACAUCGUUCUCGCUUUACUGGUGGGGUCGCUCUACUUUGGUAUGGGAACAUCGGCCUCUAAAGCGCUUUUCAAUUUUGGUUUCAUGUUCACUAUUGUGAUAGCAUACCUCUACCUUCCUAUGAUGCCUGUACUUCUAUAUUUUCCCACGGAAAUCAAUCUUCUAAAGAGGGAGUACAACAACCAGUGGUACCGUCUGAGCUCCUACUACGCAGCAAUGGUUUCCUCAAAGCUACCAUCUAUGUUUAUUUUGGCCGUUAUUUAUCUGUCCAUUGUGUACUUAAUGUCCAGCCAACCACUGGAAUGGUUCCGCUUUGCCAUGCUAUUUACCAUAGCUUUCGUAACGGCUUUAACUUCCGACAGUUUUGGCUUGUUGAUCUCCAGUAGACUAAGCUUAGUGAAUGCAAUGUUCAUGGGGCCAGUACUCGCCGUGCCGCUGAUCCUGCUUUCCAUUUACGGCAUAGGGUAUGGCAGCGGAACAUACAUAUCCCCACUUAUGAGGUUUCUGAUGCACCUCAGCUUCCUUCGUCAUAGUAUGGAGGGCCUAGUCGCAUCCUUGUACGACUACGGACGCGCCGACACAAUUUGCGAGGACACGGAAAUCUUUUGCUCAUUUAAAAAGUCAAAAGUGUUGUUGGCCUUCUUGGGAUUCGAUAACAUGCACUAUUUGUGGUCUCUAUUCUGCUUGUUAAGCUUUUAUUUGCUGUUCACUGUAGCAGCGUAUUGCAUGAUAAGACUGCGACUGAAACAAUCCGCGGUCAAUCCUAUUUUCGCAUAUGUCCUACAGCUGUUAACUAAAUACUUUAACUUUACUUCGUACAAUUACUAAAAACAUGGACCCUUUGACUUCGGUGCUAGACAAAUUAUGUUAAGCGGGAUUUAAGCGGCCAGUCUACACCUUCAAACACUCCAAAAUAAUGUUCGGUUUAUGUAAUAUUACUAACCCAUGAAAGUGAUAUCGGAUUAUGAUUAAAAGUUUAUGAUCAAGAAUAGAAAUAUAUUUAAGAAAACAAAUAAUUAUUAUAGUUCUAUCGUUGCAUUAUUAGCACGGCAGAAUAAAAACUACGAAAAAAUAAUUAAGUAUGCAUAGAAAUGUUUUCACCAAAUAUCUUAAUAAAUAUUAAUUUAUUUUUAAAAAA